GGAAGCGAGUGUUAAAGGCGGCGGGCGGGGCCGAGUGAGGUUCAUUCGGGCGGCCGGAGGCGCUGACGGAAGCGAGCGAGCGCUGGGCUGUGCAGCGGCCCGUGGCGAAGGAGGACCAUGGGCUGCUUCUUCUCGAAGAGAAGGAAACAGGCCAAAGAACCGCAGCUCAGUGCCGAGAGCGGGGACCGGAAUGCCGCUGGCGAUCCGGGGACCGAGAAGCCACCGCAAUACAGCUGGGACCAGCGAGCCAAGAUUGAUCCAAAAGAUUAUAUGUUUUCUGGAAUCAAGAAUGAAACAAUUGGACGUUUACCUGGCAAAGUUGCAGGUCAACAGUUUGUUAUUCAGGACUGUGAGAACUGCAAUAUCUACAUCUUUGACCAUUCUGCUACAAUCACUAUUGAUGACUGUACAGGCUGCAGAAUCUUUUUAGGACCUGUAAAAGGCAGUGUGUUUUUCCGCGACUGCAAGGACUGUAAAUGUAUAGUGGCCUGUCAACAGUUUCGUACCAGGGACUGCAGGAAGAUGGAUGUGUUUUUGUGCUGUGCCACCCAACCCAUUAUUGAAUCCUCAACUGGUAUGAAGUUUGGGUGUUUCCAGUACUACUAUCCAGAGCUGGCUUUGCAGUUGAAAGAUGCUGGCCUGAGCAUCUUCAACAACACUUGGAGCAACAUCCAUGACUUCACACCCAUCUCAGGGGAGAACAAUUGGGGUCUUCUACCAGAGGAUGCUGUACCUCAGGAUGCAAUACCACUUCCAACAACUGAAGAAUUGAAGGCUGUAAGAAUUUCAACUGAUGCCAACAAGAGCAUAAUCCCAGUAACCCGGGGGCAACGUCCAAAGUGCAGUGAGGAAUCUUGUCUGGUAGUGUUCUUUGCUGGGGAUUACACAAUUGCUAAUGCUAGGAAAUUGAUUGAUGAGAUGACUGGAAAAGGCUUCUUCUUGGUGCAGACAAAAGAAGUUCCAAUGAAAGCUGAUGACGCACAAAGAGUAUUCCAGCAAAAAGCAUCUGACUUCAUUCCUUUACUUGAUAAAGGUUCAGUUAUUGCUCUGGAGUUCAAUGGAGAUGGUUCCAUAGCAGCCUGUCAUGACAUUGUUUCUACAGUGUUCACUAGUACUAAGGUUUUUGUAUCUGAAGACAAGGCAUCUGCUUCCAGAGAGGUAGACAACUUCUAUAAUUUUGCAGAUAUGCAGAUGGGGAUGUGAAAUAAAUGUGAUCACAGUUGAGAUAUACAUUAGGUUUGUAUCUGUUUGCAUAGCAAGUCAAAUUUUCAAUAGUAACCUGCUUAUCUUUGGAAAAAAACAUCAAUUCCAUUCCACAAACACCAUCUUUGUGUAAGCUGAUAUGAAGUACAGUUUCAGUACCCAUCUCUUGCAAAGUAUGAACUGUGAUGCACUCAAUGUUUUUCUGCCAAUUUUUCUGAUCUCAGAAAGGUGGUCCAUAUUAACAUUUGUCUUGGUGAAGAUUCAGAUGGAUUUAAAUUAUUUGUUUUCACCAAACGGGAGUAUAGUUGUAUAGGAGUUUAGUUGUGCCAAAGUUAAACACUUCCUGAUUGCAGUGGGAAAGAUUUAAGCACGCCUCUGAGUUCAGUGUGACUUGGUUUGAUCAUAUUCUGUGAGCAGGGGAGCUGAUAAAAGCUAGUUGCUGUCAAUGUUUUCCUCUGAAGUCCCAGGUUCUAUACCCUUUCUCAGCAUGUAUCAACUUUGAUGGUUAUGAUUUGUUUCAUUUGAUAGUUAUGUUUUGCCACCUGUAAACGGUAAGACGUUCUAAAAGAAGGAGCAUUUGCAGGACUUUAAAGUAUGUCAACAUUAAGAAUACUUUAAAUAUCUUAGCAGUGAAGCUAGUCACACAGUGUGUAUAUAUACACACAUAUACAUACAGAGACAUACAUAUAUGUACAUAUAUAUAUAGUCUCACAUAUAUGUGGGGUGGAAUAUUAACAUUUAACACAGUUAUAAGAAUACAAGCCAUAGAGUUAGUUGCUAAAAAUCUGUGAACAGCGCAAGAACUUUAUCACCUUUACUCUCCUUCAUACAGACCACAGAAAAGCUCAUGUAAGAGGUGAGAAAGAUUUUGCCACGUCCUGUUCUGGCUGCUAUCCCCUGUAUCUUGUUCUCUGAAGGUCAGGAGUCACGCUCUGGGGACUUAGGGGGCUGCAGUGUGAACAGGAACGUGGCAAAAAAGCCCUUCUGCAAUCAAAUCCCUUAAGAUCUGUCCCACGUUUCCCAGGCAUGCUGAACCUGGCCUUGGAAAGGAAGCUAGCUUUGUGUAGACUGUGUUGUUCAGCAAAGCUGACCUGAUUGUACUAAGGUGUGAUUUGUGUUGUCUUUUUGUUUUUUAACACAAAUAGAUGUCAUUGUUCACGCUUAUUUCGCAAUCACUGUCAGAACAUGCUAUAGGUAAUAAGGGUGUUUCCUCCUGUAUUAGCACUUUAGGCUGGCUAAAGACUACCUGAGGAUUUUUAUAUGAGACAUUAGCAUGAAACAGACUUUUAAUCAGUGAAAAUUGCCUGCCACAUGCAGGGAGAGAUAAUUGUAAAUAAAAAUGGUUAACUAGUUGUCAAAUCAGUUAAGGUUUUUAAAAACAUGCUGUUUUCUUUUUAUACUGUCAUAAUUGAAGUAUUUUGCAUAGUUGCAAAUAAAUUAAACAUUACCAGUUCAAGAAUAUUGUUGUUCUUUACAAUGUAAAAUGUAUCAGUUAAGCAAUGGCGUAUUACAGUAUGCGCUUUAUCAAGGUUUUGUAUGUUAUGGCUUUUAUACACAGUUUGUCUAGCUUUUGUGAAAUGUAAUUUCUAAUAAAUAAUUUCACAAAAA